AUGGCCGACACGAACCGCGCGGACCUGGCAAACCUCUUUGCCUACCUCGCGAUGGGCCCGACGAGGGGACGGGCCACACCGCCCCCGCCCCAUACCACGCAACGGAAACCCAAACCGGCGCCCGCGCCGCACCGCGACUCGGGGUUCUUCGAGGACGCGUCCGCCUCUUCACUGUGCGUCCAGGAGAAGAUACAAGCAGGAACACAUCCCGAGGAACACACCCGCACGAACACCGAGGAGGAAGGGCAGGGGGAGAGGGUCGUUGAAGGGGAGAGGGAUAGCGAGCUCCCGCACCCGCGCGCCGUCGUCGGGCAAGCCGCCGCGUUCCCCUUCACCUUCGCGACCCCGCCGCGGCGCGCGGAGCUGCGCGCGUGGACGCGCGGCGUGCAGGCCGUGCUCGAGGACAGCCGCGCGCGCUUCCGCCCGCUGCCGGAGGAGACGCGCCCGCGCAAGUGGCUGAUGCAGUCUGCGCGGAAGCGGCGGCUCGCGGCGGGGGACGUGGGUAGGGAGAAAGGGGGGGAAGAGGGAGGGGGGGAGGAGGGGGGAGACGUGGUGGAGGGGACGGGGUGCGCGGUGGUGGGGUAUGUGGGGGUAAGGAAGCGGCGGUGUGUGGUGCCGAGGGCGAGGCGGAGCGUGCUGGAUGUGCGCGCGGUCACACAUACGCCCCCACCCGCGCCUGAAGCGAAAGAUGAGAAGCGCGGGGAGGAGGAGGGCUUCGCGCGUGAGAUGGAGAGCGACGACGGCGCGGACACGGGGGAGGGCGACGGGCUGCGGACGGGGGACUCGGAGCGCAGCUUUGACGAGAGCUUCCUGGAGUAUCUGGAGGGCGCGCCGGGCGUGUGGUGUGCGUAGCACCCGGAGUACGUGUGUGGAGACUGAACAGGGGGACUCCAAGUCAUCGAUGGUUUCAACUUGCAAGCACGGUCAGUCGAUCUAGUCAGGGAAUAGCGAUGCGAGGAGGCGUGCUUACCGCGGUCCUGGCAGUCCGCCG